UUUUUUUUUUUUGUCACCGUUUAUAAACCGCUGUUUAUUUUCUAUGGCAGAGUGGGUUCUAAUGCAUGGGAAUACAGGCUCCUAAUGCAUAGGAACACACGCUUCUGAAGUGAAAUGUACUUUCCUCUAGUGUCAUCUGAAUCCUAAAGGUUAUUCUGGGGAAGAGGAUUAAAGGUUUUAAGGCUCACAAAUAAAUAGAAAUAGUUUUUGUAGGUUUAGAAACUUAAUUUCCUCAUAUGUUCCCGUGUAGGUAUGGAUUUAUCUAUCCAUUGAACACACAUUCCUAAGUAAAAGAACUAAUUGCUUAGCCUUGUGGGUUUUUUCCCCUUAAAAUUGGUUUCUGUGAUAGUAUAUUUGUGUAAAAUACUUAGUGUUGUGCAUUUCCCCUAAUUAUGUUAAUGUCAUCAUUUUCUUUUUGACUUUGCUUACUGUUUUGAAUAGCCCGUUUUCUUCCUUUGGGAUUUAGUUUAUUUCAUACCUUUGUAUGUUUAUAUCUAAUAGGGAUGCUUCUUCUUUUUUCUUUUUCCUCCCUAGGUGUUGGUGACUUCAGUCAUUUAGGGGUUUAGUUCUGAGGAAGUAGAGACACAAGGAUUGAGUUUCUUUUACAUAGAAAGCUACAGCUCUUCACCAGUACUCUUUUUACUCCUUCCCAUCCUUCCCUGCUCCGUAGGGGAAAACAAUUUGGGAAUUAUUUUAAACAUUCAUUUACUCCCCCUUCCCUCCCUGAGAAAUAUACCCUGGUCCCAGAGGCAUCCGAUAGACAGUGCCUGACAGGUCCUUGCUCUGGGAGCUUCAGUAGUACCCUUCCCUCCUUUGGGGUGUAGUGCAGGGAGGCAUCCAGAAGACUUCUGUGCCAGCCUUUUUGGUUAGUAGAGGAUCCAGGAAAAGGGGUACCUAGCAAGACACGUGACCUCCUUAAGGGAGCCAGAACUGAAGCAGCACUUGGCACGCUGAAGGAAACACCCAUCUUUAGUGUCUUUUUCGUCUUCCACUCCUUCCUCACCAAAUUUCUGAUUCUUCAGCUUUUAAAAAUGUGUUCUUUCCAAAGAUUCUCAAACAGUUAUGUGACAAUCUUAGGAAAACUAGUUUCUGCAGUUCUGUUGGAAGAAGACCUUGGAGGUUGCAAGACAAGUCCAAGAUGUGCAGUUCAGUUGCUCCCAGGCUGUGGUUCUUAACAGACCGUCGCAUCAGAGAAGAUUACCCUCAGCAGGAGAUCCUGAGAGCACUUAAGGCCAAGUGCUGUGAAGAGGAGCUGGAUUUCCGGGCCUUGGUGAUGGAUGAAGUGGUGCUGACCAUUGAGGAUGGAAAUCUUGACUCCAUGGUGCAAAACUUCAGCGUGUGGCACGACUUUAAAGCAAAACAACAAAAUAGACUGAGAGAUUAUGAAUUGGAAAACUGUGUCGUUUUGGUUCACAGCACAGAUAACGGUCUCCGGGUGAAAGGGGAGCUCAUUACUGCUUACCCGCAAGUGGUGGUAGUGCGUGUGCCAACACCUUGGGUCCAGAGUGACAGCGACAUCACAGUCCUUCGCCACCUAGAGAAGAUGGGCUGCCGAUUGAUGAAUCGCCCUCAAGCCAUCCUCAACUGUGUCAACAAGUUCUGGACAUUUCAGGAACUUGCUGGCCAUGGUGUGCCUCUUCCAGACACUUUUUCAUAUGGUGGUCAUGAGAAUUUUUCCAAAAUGAUUGAUGAGGCGGAAGUGCUGGAGUUCCCUAUGGUGGUGAAGAACACGCGGGGUCAUCGAGGUAAAGCUGUGUUCCUGGCACGAGACAAGCACCAUUUGGCAGACCUAAGCCAUUUGAUCCGUCACGAUGCCCCUUACUUAUUUCAAAAAUACGUUAAGGAGUCCCAUGGCAAGGAUGUGCGCGUCAUCGUAGUGGGAGGCCGUGUGGUGGGCACCAUGCUCCGCUGCUCGACAGAUGGGAGGAUGCAGAGUAACUGCUCACUUGGUGGUGUAGGAAUGAUGUGCACGCUGAGCGAACAAGGCAAGCAGUUGGCAGUCCAAGUGUCAAACAUCCUGGGGAUGGAUGUGUGCGGCAUUGACCUGCUGAUGAAGGACGACGGCUCAUUCUACGUCUGCGAGGCCAAUGCAAAUGUAGGUUUCAUUGCCUUUGACAAGGCUUGUAAUUUAGAUGUAGCUGGUAUCAUAGCGGACUAUGCCGCUUCCCUGCUGGCCCCCGGCCGCUUGACGCGGCGCAUGUCCUUGCUCUCCGUGGUGUCCACGGCCAGCGAGACUAGCGAGCCAGAGCUGGGCCCUCCAGCUGGGGCCGCUGUCGACAACAUGAGUGCUAGCUCCAGCUCUGUCGACAGCGACCCUGAGACCACGGAGAGAGAGUUGCUCACCAAGCUCCCGGGGGCUCUCUUCAACAUGAACCAGCUAUUAGCCAAUGAGAUCAAGCUCCUUGUGGAGUGAUGCCACAUGUAAAUAGGUGACCAACAGAACUCUCUCUUGUAAAUUUUUUUUUUAAACCAACUUGCAAUGCUGUUUAUCAGAGAUGCUGAGAGGAAUGAGGAAAGGGGGGUGGGUAUGUCAGUCAAGAGAGCAAAAGUAAAAGUCACACGUGCUGUGAUUGCUGUCCCUACUUAUUUGCGGAACAUUAAAUUGCCUUCAUUCUUCACCAGUUUUACUGUGGAGAUGCUCAGUCCAUAACCAAGCAGCAGUUUUGUUUGGAUGCUGCUUUGGUCCCCAGAUGUAUUGCAGUUCCUGUGUUUUCAUGGGCAAGCAUUGAAGCGUGAUUCACACUUGAAGAUUUUCAGAAAGUUGUCUGGCAGCCCUCUAGAAAGUUUUGUGAAUUACUGCACCAGUUAAGUCUCUUCUACCUCUGUAAGGCUUGAUCCUGUAAAUUUCUGAGUGCCUCAAAUUCUUUAUGUGAGUUGAAGGUGUUAAAUACCAAGUAUUUCAAAAUUCCUGGACACCUACUGUUCCUGCUCUUGUAGAUGGGAGCUCUAAGUUCAGGAUCCUUUCAAAGUCAUCACUUUCUGACCUUGCAGGAUACGGCCUUUCAAAUGAUGAGGCUGAGAGAAGUGUCAGUUGACUUAAUGUGAACUUUCUGUAAAAAUCUGUAAAUUGUGCCAUCUUGGUAUUAAGUGGCAGCUUUGUGUCUAAAUUUCGUUAUAAAGCUUUUAAAGGAGGAUGGUUCUGUUUUUCUCAUUUCAAAUCCUGAUUUUGGAAGGUAUAUAGGGGAAUUGGUCAUAUUCUAUUUGUGGGCAGAAGUGGCACGUUUUUAACUAUUCUUUGCAUGGUUGGAGGAGAUAAACAGCACUGUAAUGUUUGGUACACAAAAUGAUGUUUAAUCUAAUGUGAAAAAGAAUUACACUAGUUUAAAGCAAACGUGCAUCGACUUGUAUUUGUUAGUGUUUUAGUCUUUCUGAGAGAGAUCUGCAAUGUUAAUGUUCCUUUUUCUUUAAUACAUGCUAGUCCAACACUCCCUUCUCUAUGCCUGCAUCUUUAACAGUGGCCAAAGUGAAAACACCGCAGACUGUUUGUUAAGAAAACACCGAGUUAUAGCCUGUACAUUGGUGGGGGGGGGUUGUUGUUUGUUUUCAUUUUUUGCCUUUUUUUUUGGAGGGAGGAAUGUGGUAAGGUGUGGAGGAGGGAAGAGCUGGUUAAAAGUGAUUAGUCAUCCAGAGGAACUUUAGAAUAAAGCUGCAGUUCAUACAAUACUUACCAGGCUUACUUUUUCCCCACUGGACAUAAAAAAACCAAUGCUGGCAUAAAUCCAAAGAGUAUAACUGGGGAGAAAUAUUCAGUUCUUAGUUUUGGAAAACAUGUGGCAGAUUUAAAAAAGAAAAGAAAAAAAAAAAAGAAGGAAAAAGGAGAGAAAAAAAAAAAAAAAAGAGCUCAGCCAGAGUUAAAAAAAGAAAAAAAAAAUAACCUAGGUCCACAAACAAUUAAGGGAUUAAUCCUGGGCCCUUACAUGUGUGUGGUGUGAGUGCACACACUUGUGUGUGUUUUUGUGUGCACAAUUGUUUUGCUUUAUUUUUUUGAGGGUGUAGGCUGUUUAGCUCCUAAUUUUUUUCCAGACUUCGUGAUUUUCCUUAAUCCUUCUGGCUGUGCAUUUUAUCAUUAGCCUUGAGCUGGUUUGGAAAACAGAUAACCAAAACAGAUACUGAGUCCAUUUUUCAGUCCCUGUCUUCCUCCUCCUUUUCCUCUUCCUUCUCCCUUUUCAUUCCCCUCUUGUUCUUGGGGUUCAUAAAGCCCUGGAACUAUAUAUAUAUAUAUAAAUAUAUAUAUAAAGAUAAGCCUCUUUUUUAAAAACAAAAAGUAAAACGUUUACAAUUGAAAAAUCAUCUUGUGAAAACAGGUUUGUUUGGAGGGGGGUUGUGUGUGUGCAAUGCUGCUGUUUUCUGGAUACUUUAAUGGAGCAUGUCCCAUGUACCCUCUGAGGUUCUGCACUGCCCACCUCUGUGGCCCUUCCUCACCUCUCUGCUGCUCUGCUGUUUUAUCUUCACUUGGACCUUAAACACAACUCACGGACACUAUGCAGAGAGUCUUCAAGAGGCAAUAAACAGAACAGUAUUAACCUACUUUA